CUUGAAAGCAACAUUCAAGAUGACAUCCAUUCCUACAAAAAAAGGACGAACUACAAUCGCAACACGUCUCGAGAUUCUGCAAAAGUUUGAAAAAGGUGUAUCUGUUCAACAGCUUAUUGCUGAGUAUGGUGUUUCUAAGAGAACCAUAUUUCGAUAUCGAAAUUCCGCAGCAUCGAUACGAAAUUUUAUGGAGAAACCAAACUAUAUGGAUUUGAAAAAAAAAAUACACAUACUACACGAAGAUAUAGAUAAUCGACUGUACGCGUGGAUUACAGAAAAACAAGAUUUGGGAGAGAUUCUAACUGAUUCUCUACUGCAGAAAAAAGCGAGGGAAUUGCAUGCAGAAUUCGAUGGUACAUCGAAAUUUACGGCAAGUCGGGGUUGGUUAAGGUGUUUCAAAAGGAGACAUGAUGUGCACCUUUCUGGCAUUCACCUACAAAAACCCAACAAGUAUGAUUUAGCUGCAGAGAAAUUUAUAGAAGAAUUGUCAACAUUAUUAGAGGAAGAAAAUAUCCACAAAGAAAACAUAUAUAAUAUGGAUGAAACAAGCUUAAUGUGGAAAGCUCUUUCACGAAAAACAUUAUCCAAAGAAAGAGAACAGGGGAAGAAAAGAAUAAAAGUGAGACCCAAUCGUAUCUCUUUAAUAUUUUGUACCAAUGCCACUGGCUCACACAAAUUUCCACUGCUGCUUAUUAACAAAUCUGCCCAUCCACGAUCUAUAAAAGAUUGUUUACUCACGUUGCCUGUAGUAUAUAAAACUCAAACAAAUGGCUGGAUUGAUGAAACUAUUUUCAAUGAUUGGUUCACAAAUCAUUUCAAACCCAGUGUGUUGCACCAUCAGAGACAGAAUCAUCGAAAGGGAAAAGUACUGUUAUUAAUUGGUAAUUCUAAGGAACAUAUACCCAUUCAACAAAUAUGGGACGAUUCCCAGUUUAAAGUAAUAUUUUUGCCACCAAAUACAUCUUCAAUUAUUCAGCCAUUGGAUCAAGGUAUAAUUGAAGAAUGCAAAAAAAUGUAUCAGCAUGAUCUACAUCAUCGGGUACUUCAAUAUGAUGAACUUAAGCAAUUUUAUAUAAAUUAUGGUAUUAAAGACUGCAUUGACAUAAUUAGUGAAGCUUGGAAUAGAAUAAUGGUAAUAGACAUUAAAAAUUCAUGGACUAAACUUUUAGGUCAAACACCAUUGGCUGAGGAUCCUAAUGAUCAUGAUCCUAUGGCUAAUAUUCAAUCUAAUGCUGUUUAUUUCAUUGACCGUAAAGAAUAUUUAUACUGGAAAAAUGGUGAUAAGAUUUAUUAUUGCAAAAAACAUGAUAUAUUAACAAAUAAUAUCAAGCAAUAA